CGAAGGUUGUUUGCCACUGCCCGAAGGUUGUUUGCCACUGCCCGAAGGUUGCGCGCUGCCAUGUCAAGUUUAGAGACGUCGCCAGACCGAUGCGAGGAACUUGCUCAAUCACUUGCAGAGAUACGCGAUCGUGUGAGGAUUGCAGCAUCGGGUGACGGUCCUACGCUGGUGGCCGUGUCCAAGUACAAGCCCGCUUCGGAUAUUCUCGCUUGCCACAAGCUGGGGCAGAGAGAUUUUGGGGAGAACUAUGUUCAGGAAUUGGUGGAUAAGGCGGGGCAGCUUCCGGACGAUAUCCGAUGGCAUUUUAUAGGUACCUUGCAAUCUAACAAAUGCAAGACAUUGGCUUCUGUUCCCAACAUAUACGCUAUUCAGACAGUAGCAUCCGCCAAGGCAGCUACUGCACUGAACAAGUCGGUACCAUCUGAACGAACGACCCCUCUCUAUAUAUUUCUGCAAGUCAAUACGUCAGGUGAAGAUGUCAAGUCAGGUCUUCCCGCGUUGACGUCGAUAGAAUCCGCGUCCGAAUCGGAGCUCGUUCACCUUGCCAAGCAUGUCGUGACGACGUGUCCUCGAUUACAUUUGCAGGGGUUGAUGACUAUUGGAAGUCUAACGGAGUCUCUGGCAUCGUCUGAGAGGGGAAACCAAGACUUUGAGGCAUUGAAGCAGACGCGGGACGUGUUGGAGGAUGUGCUGAGGGAGUCGGGUGGUGGGGAGUGGGGCGUCGAUGGGCGGCUGAUGCUGAGCAUGGGGAUGUCGAGCGAUUUUGAGGCCGCAUUGAAGGCUGGCAGCGACGUUGUGAGAGUAGGGACUGGGAUCUUUGGAGCCAGACAUAAGAAAGUGUAGAGUGCUUAUCUUAUCUUAUCUUAUCUGGCGUGACGUGGCUGUCAUUUGAGACGCGUCGUGUCACGUCACGCUUUGUUGAUCGCCC